GGUUAGAAACCGCGGGACUCGCGGAUUUGCGAGGGAGAGUGCAGGGCGCUUGCGCCGAAUCCCGCCCCCACCGGCCCGCGGGGCGGAACUCGCGCCUGCGCAGUGAGGCUGACGCCGGGCAGGAUCGCUGGGCAGGACGAGGUGCAUUGUGGGCCCACGCUCGCUCGGUGUCACCAGGUGGCCGUUGCUCGCGUCCUGUGCAGACAUCUGGGGCCCGGUAAGAGCGUCCAGAGCGCAGGCGCCGGUCCUGCACGCAGCAAGCCCAAGAGCCGGGACCGAAAUGAAGCGUUGGAAUCCGGAGUUCUCUCUAGAGUUCGUUCCGAACCGACAGAAAGACUUGUCUGCGCCGCGACCACCCCCGGCCCUGGAGCCGCUGAAGGACGUCCACGUGGGCCUGGCCCCGCCGUGUCGCGGCCCCGCUCGCCUGGCCCUCCUCCGGGGCCACUACCUCUACUAUCACUACGGCUGCGACGGGCUGGACGACCGGGGCUGGGGCUGCGGCUACCGCACCCUGCAGACGCUGUGUUCUUGGCCAGAGGGCCAGCCCGCGGGCGUGCCUGGACUGGCCGCCGUGCAGACGGCCCUGGAGGACAUGGGCGACAAGCCUCCCGGGUUCCGGGGCUCCCGGAACUGGAUCGGCUGUGUAGAGGCCAGCCUUUGCCUCGCCCACUUCGGAGGGCCCCAGGGGCGCCUGUGCCACGUGCGCCGUGGAGCAGGGCUUCAGGGAGAACUGGAGACUCUUUACUCCCACUUCGCAGGGGGCGGUGGCCCUGUUAUGGUGGGAGGCGAUGCGGACGCCCAGUCCAAGGCCUUGCUGGGAGUCUGCCUGGGGCCAGACACAGAAGCCUAUGUUCUGGUAUUGGACCCUCACUACUGGGGCUCUCCAAGAAACCCCAGCGAACUACAGGAUGCUGGGUGGGUGGGCUGGCGAGAGGUAAGCACAGCCUUUGACCCUAGUUCCUUCUACAACCUGUGCUUGACCAGUCUUAACUCCUAAAAGUAGCAGCAUGCCCUGGGCUGAGGGUAAGGUCCCAGAACUGAGACUCUCUGGUCCCAUACAUAUACACGCAUUUACUUCUCAAAGGUGUCCCAGCACAGCCUGGGACCUCUAAUAAUAAAGUAGCAAAGCCCA